CAGCAUUAUUAUUGACUUUGAGUUCUUGCAUUAAACGCAGUGAAAAUUUGUUGUAGAUUGUGAAUAAUAAUAUUUUUAAUAAAUUCACCUGUUAUAAAAAAACAAAACAAUAAAUAAACUAUUAAAAACGGUAUUUAUAUUUUUUAUAUGUAAAAUACAAAUACUUGUUUUAUAUAUUUAUAUAACCAUAAAAAGAAAAAGUCAAUAAUUAUCUAUCUUUUUACCUAAAAAAUAAAAAUCAACACAUCAUCACAACUUGCAAAAAAUUAAUAAUCCCUUAUUGAAUACAAUGGAACAGCAGCCAUCAUUACAACAGCAGCAGCUAGCACAGGCACAACAACAACAGUCAAGGAGCAAUAUAAUAAAAUCAACCAUGGUAACUGAAGAUCUUUAUGCCCCUCUCUCGCCCUGUCCCAUACCCGAUAUUAGCGACGAUGAGUUGGUUUCUAUUUCUGUGCGUGAUUUAAAUCGCACUUUAAAAAUGCGUGGUCUUAACCGCGAGGAGAUUGUACGCAUGAAGCAGCGUAGACGUACUUUGAAAAAUCGUGGCUAUGCUGCCAGUUGCCGUAUUAAACGUAUCGAACAGAAAGAUGUUUUAGAAACAGAAAAGUCGCACGAAUGGACUGAACUGGAACAAAUGCAUGAAGAUAAUGAACAGUGUGCUAGAGAAAUUGAAACCUGGAAAAAGAAAUAUGCCGCUUUAUUGCAAUUUGCUGCUCAUAAUGAUAUUCCCAUACCACCGGAAUUGGAAACUUGUUAAAAAGUGACUGAGUACAAGUUUAUUUUUUUAUUAUUUUUUAUACAAUUUAACUACUAUAUAGAUAUAAGUUUAGACAAAUUAAGAUUUUAUGUUUAACAAAAAUAUACAUACUUAUUUUAAG